AUCCCAGCCACACCCAGUCUCCUCUCUGUUGAAGAAGAAGAAAACAGGGUGAGAGAAGACUCUCAUGUCAAGUUAGAAGAAGGAGGAGGAGGAAGGAGAUCCGAAUCCCACCCACAACCAGUCUCCUCUCUGUUGAAGAAGAAGACAACAGGGAGAGAGAAGACUCUCAUAUCAAGUCAGAAGGAGGAGGAGGAGGAAGGAGAUCCGAUCAAGGCCGUCGAUGGCAGCGAGGGGAAAUCCGGUGAUGGCGGCGACGGGAAGGUCUUCCAUGGACGCCAGUGAUAGUUCCGGCGACUUAGGAAGAGGGAAGGAGAAAGAUGUGAACGUCGAUGGCGGCGACGGGAAGGUUUGUCGUCUGAAU